AUGCAGAUUUGGGAUACUGCAGGACAAGAGAGGUUUCACAACCUCACACCACUAUACUACAGGAACGCAAAUCUAGCAUUGGUGGUAUUUGAUCUAAGCGACCAAUUAUCGUUCAAAAAGGCAGAAUAUUGGAUCAACGAGUUGAAAGAGUACAUGAAUGAUGAGGAUGAAGGAAUCAAAAUGAAGAUAAUACUUGUUGGAAAUAAAUUAGAUCUACUUGAACGGACACACGACGACGAGUUUAAAGAAUGCGACUUUAUUGAUCAAGUAGACAAGUUUUUGGAUGCACAUGAUAUAGUGGACAAGUGGUUUAAAACUAGUGCGAAGUUGAAUAUAGGAAUCUCCGAGUUGUUUAAUUAUGUGAUAGACCAUCUUGAUGGGGGAUUGUUUCACAGCUAUGAAGAGGAUAAGAAGGGAGUGAUUGAUUUGAAGAAGAGAAGCGGUGGGAAAGGAUGCUGCUGA